GCCUGCCUGUGCAGCAGCUGAGGAACCGUGGAUUUCAUAUUAUAGAAAAGAAUCCCAGUAAAACUGCUCAAAAUCCUUCCUGCAGCUGCCAGGCAACAACGAAAGAAGAGAGGCAAAUCCUAUUCUUUUCCAUUACAACGAAGCACUACAUUCUAGCUCUGGCUGCUUUACAUUGCAGCUCACUGUUACUACUAGAAAUAUGGAUACUGAGAAGAGAACACAGCACUGCAUUGUCCAGCCAGGAAAACAGCAGAUGUAGAAAGCUUCAAUGCAUCAACUAUCGGGAAGAGUCAACAGUGCUUCAAAUAGAAUGGACAACUAUCACUCUUUUGUUUAAAGAAAGAGAGAAAAGGAAAGGAAAAAUCUCAGAAGGACUACGACCCAUAUGAACAAGGAAGGUAACUUGAAGACAAGCAGACAGAUGGACACUUUGAAUACUGUGAAAAGCAAUCGCAGGAGGCAGACUGUUGGGGGAUGUGCGCAUGUUCGAUAGCAUCUUUUUUGGCCGAAGUGAUGGCGUGCCAAAAGUAUUUUCAGUGGGCAUAAUCCUCUCACCAUAAAUGGCCUGACCAAGGAAGAAUGACUGCGAGGGAUACAAAGUGACCAAAUUGGAAAAUGAUUACCAAAGAACAGUAUUGAUUCAGGAGAAGAAAACAUCAUUUUAAGACACCAUUUUCUCAUAUCCCAUUACUGGAUAUUUACAACAUGCUUCAGUGGAGAAGACGACACUGCUGCUUUGCAAAGAUGUCCUGGAAUGCCAAGAGGUCUCUGUUCCGCACCCAUCUUAUCGGUGUACUCUCUCUAGCGUUUCUUUUUGCUAUGUUUUUGUUUUUCAAUCAUCAUGACUGGCUGCCAGGCAAACCUGGAUUCAAAGAAAACCCUGUGACAUACACUUUCCGAGGAUUUCGUUCUACAAAAAGUGAGACAAACCAUAGUUCCCUUCGGAACAUAUGGAAAGAAACAGUCCCUCAAACUCUGAGGCCUCAAACAGCAACUAACUCCAAUAACACAGACCUGUCACCACAAGGAGUUACAGGGCUGGAGAAUACACUCAGUGCCAAUGGAAGUAUUUACAAUGACAAAGGUACUGGACAUCUAAAUUCUUACUUUAAAUAUAUUAUCAAUGAGCCUGAAAAAUGUCAGGAGAAACAUCCUUUUCUAAUAUUACUAAUAGCUGCAGAACCUGGACAAAUAGAAGCUAGAAGAGCUAUUCGGCAAACUUGGGGCAAUGAAAGUCUAGCACCUGGUAUCCAAAUCACACGCAUUUUUUUGUUGGGCGUAAGUAUUAAGUUAAAUGGCUACCUUCAGCGUGCAAUACUGGAAGAAAGCAGACAAUAUCAUGAUAUCAUUCAACAGGAAUAUUUAGACACAUACUAUAAUUUGACCAUUAAAACACUAAUGGGAAUGAACUGGGUUGCAACAUAUUGUCCAAAUAUUCCAUACGUUAUGAAAACUGACAGUGACAUGUUUGUCAACACAGAAUAUUUAAUACAUAAGUUACUGAAGCCAGAUCUGCCUCCUAGACAUAACUAUUUUACUGGUUACCUAAUGAGAGGAUAUGCACCCAAUCGAAACAAAGAGAGCAAGUGGUACAUGCCUCCAGACCUCUACCCAAGUGAGCGCUACCCUGUCUUCUGUUCUGGAACUGGUUAUGUUUUUUCUGGAGAUUUGGCAGAAAAGAUAUUUAAAGUUUCUUUAAGUAUCCGUCGUUUGCACUUGGAAGAUGUGUAUGUGGGGAUCUGUCUUGCCAAGUUGAGAAUUGAUCCUGCACCCCCUCCCAAUGAGUUUGUGUUCAAUCACUGGCGAGUUUCUUAUUCAAGCUGUAAAUACAGCCACCUAAUUACCUCUCAUCAGUUCCAGCCUAGUGAACUGAUAAAAUACUGGAACCAUUUGCAACAAAAUAAGCACAACGCCUGUACCAAUUCAGCAAAAGAAAAGGCAGGCAGGUAUCGCCACCGUAAACUACACUAGAAAAGACAUUUUUUUAAAAAUGUGCAGUCUGUAAAUAUUGCUAAAAGCAUGUAUAGUUAAAACUGAUACAUCCAUAGGACAAGUUUUAGUUAAAAUCCAUUAUGUAAAGGAAUUCAAGAAAUAUUUUUUUAAUUUCUGAAGGGGGCAAUUCUUAAAAUAACAUUAUAUAUCAAAAAGGUAUCCCAAAAGAAUCUAUAAAAAACUGUAUAAGGGGGUUCCAUGUAUUAACAUGCAAUAACAAGCAUGCAUACAUCAAUGGUUCAAUUCUUAUUUUAGAGGCCAAUAAAAUAUACUUGCAUACAUUUUCCACAUACAUUCCAACUAUUUAAGAAGUGGAGACAGUUAAAGGAUUUAGUUUUAGUUUUAGAUUUAGUUUUUCAUUUUAAUACACAAUUUAAAUGUAAAUAAAACAUCACUAUCAAUUUUAAGGAAACUUUGUGAAAGGACAAAACUUCUGAACUGACUAUUGCAGAGUUCUCAAAAUUAUAUUCCAUGCAAUAAGAUUUAGUUAUUUCACAAACAUAUCUAUAAAGUUCAGAUGUUUCAUCAACACAGUUUUCAUCUAAAUAUUUGCUUUUUUAAAAGUAAUUGAGAUUCCUUUAAUACUCUCAUAUAUUGGGGAAAAUUAUUUUGAAAAGACGUGAUAAAAUGUGAAAACCAACGUGUCUCAGGCUCAAGCUUUUAUAAAAAAGUUAUUAAAUGUUUCAAAACAAACAAAUUUUGAGUCUUCAUUGGUGUUGAGGGCCAAACUAGGAUUUCAAUGAGUUAUUCAAUUAGAUUAGUUAUUGUACUCUUAAAGAGUACAGCCAUUUAACUUCAAGUAUAUCUAACUGUAAAAACAUAUCAUGUUCCUCCAAUUGAAGCAAGAGUGAUCACUUAGAGGCACAAAGAGGAUGUAUUGAUGAAAAAAGAUACAGGAUAAAGAGGGCAACAGUAGUUUCAUUCAAUACAUUUUUAAGAUGCAUGUCUGCCAAACUGCAACAUAUGGGAAGUUAAUUUCCUGACAGUAGAUGUACACAUACCAAUACUUACUUUAUGGCACCUAUUUCUUUGUCUGAGUGCCAAGUUUACAAACCUGCAAUUUUUAAUUUGGUAGAUGAGAAAUAUUCUGCAUCAUCAAUUAAAAACUUUUUUAGAAGCUGGGAGAAAGCUACAAAUGUUUGAUGAACACCUGAAUCUAAUUCUAGGAUGAACAAUGUAUAUGAUGCACUUUUAUCCAGUUUUUAAUAAAAAAAAUAAGGUAAGCAAAAAAAUUUUCACUGAGUGUUAUGAUACAAAUAUCUUCACAGUGAUUUUGUUCGACUCCAUCACAGAUUUUGAAAUCAAGAAAUUUAACCCACUAACAUUAAAAUAAUUUCUUUAAAGUUAAGUAUAUAAAUUCAUACAGGCAGGAUAUUACUUAACACUAAUAAUCAUCUUGACCCCUGGUUCUGUUUUUAAAGACAUAAAUCACUAGAGCAGAACUGUAACAUUCGUUAAAGAUGGGAAUCACAGAAACCUUUUUUAAUAAAGUACUUAAUGUUCAAUAUGUUGAAUUCUACUUACACUCAAUUUAUCUCCCAAUUUCCAAGUCAGUAACCUAAGCAUUCUAUUCUACCCAGAGUAAUUAUGACAGCUGACCUAGGUAACACUCUCUAGUUCUUUGAGUCUGUUUUUCACUUAAUUUAUUCUAUAAGAAUUACAGAAUGACCAAAAUUAUUAAAUAAAAAUCACAUGUAAGAGAAUAACAUGAAAUCAGAUAAAUAAGUUUGAUAAAAGACAAAAGGAAUCCUUUCCUCAAUGUAGAAUAAUAAUUCCAUCUUUUACUUCAGAAGUAA